AUGCAGAUCUUUUAUUUCAGCAACAAGUUUCCUCCAGAUGAUCUCUCGGAUCUGUUCCGCCGCCUACGUCUGCAUUCCAAGUGCCCAAACCAUGUGAUCUUGGCUAGAGUGCUAGAGGAGGUAACAGAUGUCGUGCGAGAGGAAAUUACUGGGCUUCCCGCCGAACUGAGAAGUCUGUUGCCCCCUUUCCAAUCUAUCCUUGACCUUGCAGAAAGCUUCAAUUGGCAUCAAGGGCCCUUGUCAGGAACAUUCGAGUGUGUGUUUUUGGUUCUUGUGCCGAUAUGUCUUUUCGUCGGAAAUUAUGAGAAUCGGCCAUACGAGUUCGUCUUCCGUCGAGAUGCAUCUUUAUUUACAGGGCUUGGCCUUGGGUUCUUGGCUGCCACCGCGAUCGUAGCAUCUCCCUCUCUAUGUAGCGUGCCAGCCACGGCGGCGGAGCUGGUGCGCAUUGCAAUGAGAACUGGCCUUCUGAUAUACCAGCGAUCUCAGGACCUCGAGCCGCAGAGCCUUGAUGGCGCACUUCAAAGCUGGGCCAGCAUUGUGAAAGGUAUGAACGAGGUAGCUAUACGAGACGGAAUUUACGAAUAUAACACAUCGACUUCAAUCUACAUCAGUGUGGUAGAGCCGGACGGUAGUGUCUUCAUAAAUGGCCCGCCAUCAAGGCUUCGCAAGUUCUUUAGCACGCCCGGAAAAGUGCAAUCAGCAGCCCAUGCUCCAUUGCCUGUAUAUGGUGGGCCCUGCCAUGCACCUCACUUGUACGACCGCAGCCACAGUGCGUGGGUUGUUAAGCCAUGCCGUCCCCAGGUUCUCUCCCGCAAUCUUUCCCAUGCAGCCCACCUUCUGUCCAUGGCAGAUGGCAACCCCUUAAAAGCGAAUACUGUAUUAGAGUUCAUCAUUCGCUGGGGUGCAGUGGUGGAUGCCAUCACAGCGUCGUCGUUACUAUGGGAGAAGGACACGGAAGUGCAUCUGAACAUGCUCAGACCUUCUCCUAUCGUGGAUGGUUUAGUGUCUGCAAUUCGGAAAAGCCACCCUAGUUGCACCGCCCAUGUAGUUGACCUUGGAGAGUGGAUAUUUGAUGAUACUCGCCUUACUCCAUAUAGCGGCCACGAAAAAAUCGCAGUGGUUGGCAUGUCUUGCAGGUUGCCCGGAGGGGCUGAAGAUUUAGAGCUGUUCUGGGAUCUUCUUAGGGAAGGGCGUGAUGUCCACCAGAAGGUCCCAGCAGACCGAUACGAUGUUGAUAGCCAUACAGACAUUACAGGCAAACGGCCAAAUACCAGCCAUACACCGUUCGGCUGCUUUGUAGACAGUCCCGGAAUAUUUGACGCCAGUUUCUUCGACAUGUCCCCGCGUGAAGCAGGACAAACGGAUCCCACUCAUCGCCUUGCACUUCUUACGUCCUAUGAAGCUCUUGAACAGUCAGGUUAUGCUCCUGACCGCACUCGAUCUACCAGACGGGAAAGAGUGAGUACGAUCUAUGGUCAGUGCUCUGAUGACUAUCGCGAGUGCAACGCUGGGCAGGAUAUCGACAUGUAUUUUAUUCCUGGGAACUAUCGGGCCUUUGCACCAGGGAGAAUCAGUUACUUCUUCAAGUUCUCAGGACCUAGCUUCAAUAUUGACACUGCAUGCUCAGCAAGCCUAGCUGCUGUCCAGAUAGGCUGCUCGGUACUCUCGCGUGGUGAGGCAGAUAUGGUAGUCGCCGGGGGAUUAAAUAUCCUCACAGGGUCAGAUAGUUUUGCAGGUCUUAGCAAAGGCUUCUUUCUGUCUAAAACCGGAAAUUGCCAGGUCUUUGAUGAUGCUGCAGAUGGCUACUGCCGUGGCGACGGAAUAGGGUCUAUUAUACUCAAGCGAUUGUCCGAUGCUCAGCAAGAUAACGAUCAUAUUCUCGGGUUGAUCUUAGGUAGCGCAACUAACCAUUCCUCCAAUGCAAUUUCGAUAACCCAUCCACAUGCACCUACACAGGCCGAUCUUUACCGCUCGCUCUUGAGGCAGGCUGGGGUUCGUCCACAAGACGUAGACCUGGUCGAGAUGCACGGCACCGGCACCCAGGCGGGCGACGCCGCCGAGAUCGAGUCAGUUACGAAGGUGUUCAGUUCAGCUGUGCCUCGGCGCUUGCAGCCAUUGCGCAUUUCAUCUGUCAAGGCUAAUGUCGGUCAUGGAGAGGCGGCAGCCGGCAUUACAGCGUUGAUCAAGGCACUCUUGAUCUUUCAGCACAACGAGAUUCCACCACAAGUGUGCCUCAAAACCAUCUUGAACUCUAAGUUUCCCGAUCUUCGACAGCUCAAUGUACAUAUCCCCAAAGAUGUCAUUCCCUGGCCACCUUUACCCGGUCGCAAAAGGUAUAUUAUGGUCAAUAACUUCAGCCCGGCUGGGGGAAAUACAGGCCUUCUCUUGGAAGAACCUCCGGCUAGGCCAGACCCUCAGGGAUGUCCCCAAACAAGAUUUGUUGUUUCUGUGACCGCCGAGAGCACAAUUUCCCUAAUGAAAAACCUUGAAAGGCUGCUCGCCUUUCUUAAACAGGAUCCAUUGGUGGAUCUUGCAAGUCUUGCGUACACCACCACUGCACGUCGUGUGCAUCACAAGUAUCGCAUAGUGGUGCAUGGCGACUCCGUCCAGGAAAUAGCCAAGUCCCUUGAGCAACAUUCGUGCAAUGCGAUGGCUCAAUGUGCAAUUCAGAAAGCUCCCAUUGUCGGGUUUGUCUUCUCGGGUCAAGGUAGCUUUUACCAAGGUGUUGGAUGCCAACUCUUCCAGGAAUACCCGCCCUACCGGAAGGAAAUUCGGCGUUUAAACGAGAUAUGUGCAUUCCACGGCUUUGACUCCAUCUUGCCAGCGAUCACGAGUAGGAGCUCAGAUCCGUUUGAGACCAGCCCGUUCAUGGCACAGCUGGUGACAGUAUGUGUGCAGAUCGCGCUGUGCCGCUUAUGGAGAAGCCUCAGAGUGGUGCCGAAUGUUGUUAUAGGAGCAAGCCUCGGUGAAUACGCUGCACUCUAUGCUGCGGGAACCUUAUCAGCCAGUGAUGCUAUCUAUCUCGUCGGGCAACGGGCCUGGCUCAUGCAGGAUUUGUGUACCAUCAACAGUCACUCGAUGCUAGCCGUCAAGGCGACCGUUGAUGAGAUCCGUCACACGGGGCGGAACAACGUAUAUGAAAUCGCAUGUAUCAAUGGGCCUCGAGAUGUGACCAUUGCCGCGUCUGUCGAAGAGAUCAAGGACAUCCAACAGACUUUGGUGUCACAGGGAUAUCGGGUCGCGAACUUGAAUGUGCCCUUUGCAUUUCACUCUUCUCAAAUGGAGCCUAUCCUAGAAGCUUAUAGUAGGAUUUCCCAGUCGGUUCUGUUCCGGAAUGUAAAAACAGCACUCAUAUCGCCUCUUUUGGGUGACGUUAUAUUUGACAAAAAGUCAUUCCCACCAUCAUAUCUGUGUGAUAGCACGAGGGGUACUGUACGAUUUGCCGAUGCGAUGGCGAAAGCCCAAGAGAUGGGGUUGGUAGACUCUAAGACUGUCUGGGUUGAGAUUGGAGUGCAUCAAACUUAUACCGGUAUCAUGCGCGCAAACAUUCCGAAUCUUGAGGUCAUGGUACCCAGCUUGAGAUCUGACGAAUGCAAUUGGCAUACGUUAGCUGUCAGCAUGUCGGCUUUGCACGGCGCGGGCGUCCUCCUUGACUGGAACACAUGGUACCAACCCUUUGAGUCAGAACUACGCCUACUAAGUCUGCCUCCGUACCAAUGGAAUCUGAAGAACCAUUGGAUUCAACAUAACGGGGAUUGGCUGUUGCUAAAAGAUAAACGGUCUAGGGCUGAAAAUGAGAGCUUUCCAAUCCCUGCUCCCCCAUCGUUGCGCACCGCCCUCGUGCACCAAAUUCUGGAAGAAUCAUUCGGGGAAGACGGUGGGAGCAUAGUCAUCCAGUCAGAUGUGACUAAUGAUGAUUUCUUUGCUAUUGCUUCGGGACACAGAAUGAGUGGUCGACCACUCCUCUCGGUCUUCGCGUACACUGACAUUGCUCUGGCUAUGACGAGAUAUAUGUUCUCCAGGCUAAAACCAGGAACACAGCUCCCAGCCCUGGAAUUUGGGAAGGUUCGGGUCUUCCAGGGCUUAAUACCCCGGAAGGAUAGGUCCAAGCCUCAGUACGUGCGAAUGCGCAUGCAAACAGACCGCACGUGCUUUUCGAUGCCGCUGUCAUUGCAUCGAGUUCUCGAGGAUAGCUCAAGCGAGGAGGAACUAGCCACCGGUGUUGUGACGUGCGGAGACCCCCAAUCAUGGCGAGACGAGUGGGCUGCUUAUUCGCACCUCCUGACAAGCCGUAUUGAAGCGCUACAUCAGCUAGCAGAUCAAGGGUCAGCAAGCCGCGUGUCCAAGGAUUUGGCGUACACUCUCUUCAAAAACGUCGUCGACUACGGCGAACAUUACCGUGGCAUCCAGUCGGUUGUCAUGUACGGCCUGGAAGCAGUUGCGGAUGUCAUUCUGUCCCCAAGCCAAGAUAGCCGGUGGACAGCACCUCCUCAUCACAUCGACCCCAUUACACAUGUCGGGGGUCUCAUUCUGAACGCUGGGCCAGCCACGGAUCACACCAGCACGAUUUAUGUCAUGGACGGCUGGGAAGCCAUGCGGUUCUCCGAUGUAUUGGUGGCGGGAGAGAUGUAUCGCUCGUACGUUAAGAUGAAUCCUGCCAACGAUAAUUCUGGAUGUUAUUCCGGCGAAGUGUAUAUCUUGCAUGGGGUCCAUGUGAUUGGAAGGGUCCACGAGAUGAUGCUUCGCCCAUUGCCUCGCAUUCUCAUGAGUCGGUUCUUCGACCCCCCAGACAGCCAGUAUAGGCAAACGGUUCAGCAAGACCCUUCUACUACAGCCGCUUCAACAUCGCAACAUACGAGUUCAGCCACGACUACAGAGUCCACUCAGUCGCAGCAAGAUGAUUCAGAGAACACGUCGCUUGUUACGCCUGAGAACGAACCCAAACUUCCACUAUCAGUGCCUUGGCCUAAAGCCAACAGCCAGCUUGUCCGUGAUGCUAUAGCCCUCAUCGCGUCUGAGACCGGGGUAGAGCUGGAUGCCCUGACAGACGAAACAGAAUUUUUUGCUGUUGGAGUGGAUUCACUUCUGUCACUGGUUCUCGUAGAGAAGUUUGCUCUUGAGCUAAACGUUGAUUUGAAAGGCUCUUUUUUCCUGGAAACUCCGACCGUUGGUGAUCUGAAGACCCAUCUUGAGACUAACCAGAUGGCUGUGCGCUGA